GAUCAAACAAAACAUUUAAAAGCAGAAUUAAAAAAUGAAGUAUCAUGAAAAGUGACCUAUUUUAAACAUAUCUAACAUGGAAACAGUAAAAUCAUUAUCAAAACCAAAAUCAGGUUUUAAAAACAAUAUUUGUUUUCAAUUGUACUACACUUAGAAUAUUUGCCCGCCCGCUUAGCUCAGUAGGUAAGAGCGUUGGUCUACGGAUCUCGGGGCCGCGAGUUCGAUCCUCGGGCGGGGCGUAUGUUCUCCGUGACUAUUUGAUAAACGACAUUGUGUUUGAUAUCAUUAGUCCUCCACCUCUGAUUCAUGUGGGGAAGUUGGCAGUUAUUUGCGGAGAACAGGUUUGUACUGGUACGGAAUCAAGGAACAAUGGUUAGGUUAACUGCCCGCCGUUACAUGACUGAAAUACUGUUGAAAAACGGCGUUAAACCCAAAACAAACAAACAAACAAACUUAGAAUACUUGCGAAUUGUAAUCUGUUCAUACAGUACUUAAGUCACGUUUAAAUAGUUCAAAUGUGUAAGUGAACACUACUGAUCGGCUGUUAAUAGAUGGAAUGUAAAAGUGCAAACGCAUAACGUUUACAUAUCUUAUCAAAUUAAAUGUAUCCUAUAGGGAUUGUUUAGAUUUAUGAUACAAUAAUUAUCUUAGUGGAAGAUUUGAGAAAUACAUUUAUCUUUGAUCGUUCUCAGUUCAUUUUAUGAGAUAAAAAACCUUUACAAUAAAUUGUGGCUGUUUAUAAAUGAUACGUAGAUCUUACCUAAACUAUGGAAAGUUAUGUACACACUUUAACUGUGUUUACUAGGUAAAAUUUAAACAACUUUAUUAUGCUUUUCAAUAGCUGCAUUGAUUUCGCUAUAAAUUAGGAAACCGAAACGACUUCCAGGAACGAUGACGACAAGAUAUAUUUAGUCAUUGUUUAACUUAACACGCAAUAGGCUUUGAUCACAUAACAUUUUGUAAUAUACGGGAAAACAUUUGCCAACAACCUAAUGAUGUUUAAGAUCUUUUUUUAAUUUAAUAUUUGAUUUUCCAAUCAAAGCUGGAUUUGUAUGUUUGGAAAGCUUUUCUUUGUAAUUUCAGGGUUUUUAUUGUACGCAUUUUUUUUUCUAAAUUAAAAGAAACCUAAAGGAGAAAUAAAUUCAGGUAUUUGUUAGUUAAAAGCUCUGGCAUUUUGGCAUAUCUGUAAUGCUUAAAUAAACAAUUUACAAAGAAGCGGGCUGCCAAAUUAAGUCAACUUCCUGCCAUAUUUUAAGAUUGUACAGCGACAGCUACAGAUUUAUAUAUAUAUACGGCAAUGGACGGGUCACCGAGGUGUAACAACCCGACUCCCAGGUUGCGGGCGAACGUCUUUUCAAAAUUGACUUACUGGUGGAUGAACCCCAUCUUUAAGAAAGGCUAUACAAGACGAUUGGAGGAAGAUGAUAUGUACAACGUCACUCGCGAUGAAGAUUCGAAAUACCUUGGAGAUGAACUGGAAAGAGAAUGGCAGAAGGAAACACGAAGAUACCAAGAUUCCGGAAAGAACCCUUGCCUAUUCAAGUCAUUGUUUAGGACAUUUGGAUUCUCUUACAUCCUGUAUGGAAUUCUGCUCCUUUUUGAGGAAGCCACGAUAAUUAUUCAACCAAUACUGCUCAGUGGACUGAUACGAUAUUUUACUGCAGACUCGCCUGUGUCCAACGCAGACAGUUAUAUGUAUGCUGGAGGUGUUGGGUUUUGUGCUAUCAUUCUGGCUUUUACACAUCAUCCCUAUUACCUUGGCGUUCAGAUGAUAGGAAUUAGGAUGAAAGUAGCAUGCUCUUCUCUUAUUUACAAAAAGUCUCAGAGGUUAAGCAGCGAAGGUCGCAGACAGACAACAACAGGAAAGAUAGUCAAUUUUCUUGCAAAUGACGUUAGAAAUUUCAGUCAGCUGAUGACGAUGUUACAUUUUGUGUGGAUCGGCCCAUGUGAGGUCAUUGCAGUCUUGGUAAUAUUAUGGCUUCAAAUAGGUCCACCGGCGAUAGCUGGAUUUCUGGUGAUAUUUUUGAUGGCUCCUCUUUUACAUUUGAUUGGAAAGCUGAUAUCGAAGUACAGGAAAACGUCUUCCGAAUAUAGAGAUAAACGUAUCCACUUGGUAAAUGAGUUCAUAAAAGCAAUACGUGUCAUAAAAUUGUACUGUUGGGAGAAACCGCUUGGAGAUCUACUAAGAAAGGAAAGAAGGCUUGAAGUGGACGAGCAAAGAAAACUAUUACAUAUACACCUUGUACAAGACACUUUGACAUUCGUUUCAAAAUUACUUUUCCUCUUACCUGUGGUAGUAUGGAUGAUGUUGGCUUCGAUAGACCUCCGUGCUUCUACAGUCUUUAUGGCCAUUCGCAUUUAUGAUCACGCUGGACUCACUGUCUUGCGGAGAAUGGUGCGCGCUUACACGUUGGCGAUUCAAACAAAAGUCAGCCUAAGUCGCAUCCAGAAAUUUCUACUCCUUGACGAAAUAUUUGGCGGAACAGAAUCAGUGACAGAUCGUAACACUCAAGAGGAAGAAUGUUAUGUUGAUUUCAAUAUCAAAAGUGCAAAAUGGGAACGAGAUUGUGAUCGGUUGACUUUAAAGGACGUGUCGGCCAGGGUAAAAACUGGGAAAAUGUUGACUAUCAUUGGUCCAGUCGGUGCUGGAAAGUCUUCGAUAUUGCUGACAAUAUUAAAAGAGCUCCCAGAGGUUGAUGGAGAAAUAAAUGUUUCCGGUCGUGUGGCGUAUGCUAGCCAAGAGCCAUGGGUAUUCUCAGGAACUGUACAGCAAAAUAUUACUUUUGGAAACGAAUUUGAUAGGCCGAAAUACAACAGAAUACUGAAAGCUUGUGCUUUAGAUAGGGAUAUAUCCGUCAUGCCCAACGGAGAUGAAACUUUGAUUGGUGACCGCGGUGUGAUAUUAAGUGGCGGUCAGAAAUCUCGUGUUAGCCUUGCACGUGCACUAUACACAGAUGCCGAUAUCUACUUGCUUGAUGACCCGCUUAGUGCUGUGGAUUCUAUAGUUGGACAACACAUUUUUGAAAAUGUUAUACAAGGCAUUUUAAAGGGAAAAGCAAUAGUUCUGGUCACUCAUCAGUUGCAGUUCCUGAGAUUUUCUGAUGAAAUAAUUGAUCUAAAUGAGGGGAAAAUGGUUGGUAAAGGGACAUAUCAGGAGUUAUCACCUGUAAUAAAGCAAUACAACAAAAGUAAUGAACAGUCAGAAAGCCAUUGUGAGACACAUGCGCGACAAGAUACUGGAUCCCGCAGACAACAUGAUAGGCACGAAGAAGAUUUGCCAGAUUCUGAAAUAAUUCGUAGAUCUAAGCUGUCUCUUACUUCGAUCAGUCCAGACUUCAAGCCUGAACCUGUCCAGGUACCGUUGGAAGAAGAAAGGCGUGAAAAAACAGUAAAAGCGACUACAUAUAGCCACUAUUUUAAAGCUGGGGCUGGAUUAUUUCCAAUAAUAAUCAUGACAAUUGCAUUUUUAGCAACGCAAGGAAGCUAUAUCUUUUGUGACUGGUGGCUUUCUUAUUGGACAAACCAAGAGGAGGAUAAAUAUGCUGCUAUGGCUAGGGACGCAGACUUGUCAUUAAAUGGUGUCAACAAAACACAUGUCAUGAUACCGAGAGUAGAUACGCAAUUCAAUAUAGCCAUAUUCAGUGUAAUCACCGGCGGUGUUUUCAUUUUUGGAUUAUUGCGGGCACUUAUGUUCUUUAAAGUGGCGUUAGAUGCAUCACAAAAUCUUCAUAACUCGAUGUUUGAUAGUGUGCUGAGAACUCGGAUAGGAUUUUUUGAUGCCAAUCAGGCCACAGGAAGAAUUUUGAACAGAUUUUCGAAAGAUAUAAGACAGCUUGACGAUUCCUUACCGAAAACAUUCUUCGAAUUUCUGCAGUGUGCGUUGAUUGUCCUUGGUGUAAUAAUAGUUGCAGGAAUGGCUGUGCCAUGGGUGUACAUUGCUUUACUUCCCCUUACAGUUGUGUUUGUGCUUCUGAGAAGGUAUUAUGUCAAAACAGCUAACCAUAUUCGGCGACUGCAAAGCACGACGCUAAGUCCAGUGAGCGGCCAUGUAGCGGUUACGCAAGAGGGAAUUUGCACAAUUCGAGCAUUCGGUGUGCAGAAGAAGAUGAUAGAAAAAUACGACUAUCUUCAGAACUUGCACACACAGACUACAAUUAUGUCUCUAACGUCAGCACGUUGGUUUGCCGUCAGACUCGACCUACUGUGUGCCUUAUUCGUCAAUGCAGUUUCAUUUUCAUGUGUUUUAACGGCUGAUAGACUAAACGCUGGUUUGGUUGGCCUAUCUAUCACAUAUACAAUGUCAUUAAUGGCUCUGUUUCAAUGGUGUGUAAGACAAAGUGCAGAAGUUGAGAAUCAGAUGAUAGCGGUUGAAAGAAUCCUAGAAUACAAAAAACUUUUACCGGAGCCAACUGAAGGUUCAGCUCCUCCACCUAAAUGGCCUAAGACUGGCGAGAUAACCGUGCAAGGAGUAAGUCUGCGAUAUUCAAGUGAAUUACCGAACGUUCUGAAGGACUUAUCCUUCACAAUCAGAGAUAGAGAAAAGGUUGGCAUUGUUGGAAGAACGGGAGCAGGUAAAAGCUCAUUGGUUACGAUGCUGUUUCGCUUGGUGGAACCCACUGGCAGUAUCAUGAUCGACAACGUGAACAUACAGGAAAUUGGAGUUCAUGAUCUGCGAAAAAGUAUUUCUAUCAUUCUGCAGGAACCGGUGUUGUUUACCGGACCACUGAGGAAAAAUAUAGAUCGAUUCGGUGAUUAUGAAGAUGGAGAAAUUUGGAACGCACUGGAUGAGGUUCAGCUCAAACGAAAGAUAGAGGAAUUACCCCAAGGUCUGGAUACGGAGGUGUCCGAGGGUGGAAGUAAUUUUAGUGUUGGAGAACGUCAGCUUAUCUGUCUUGCAAGGGCUAUUUUACGAGAUACGAAAAUAAUCGUUAUUGACGAAGCCACCGCUAAUGUUGAUUGCAGCACAGAUGAAGUGAUUCAGCAUGUGAUUCGAUUGAAGUUCCGUGGAUGCACAGUUCUGACUAUUGCUCAUCGACUUCUUACAGUCAUGGAUUGUGACAGAAUUUUGGUUCUAGACGACGGAAAUGUUGUUGAGUUUGAUGUACCGUUCCUCCUUCUCCAAAACACUAAUAGUUUAUUGAGGAAGAUGGUUGCAGAGACCGGAGAGAAAAUGGCCUCAUAUCUGUUCAAGACUGCUAAAUCUGCAUAUGACAGAAACGAACCUGCUCAUGCAGAUGAAGACCAAGAAUCCGAUGAUGUCCUCUUUCAACGUUCAACAGAGGAAAACAUCGUUUUAGAGACAAGUCAAGAAGUGGACGAAAAUACUAGUCUUCUUUGAAUGAAAACUUAAUAAAGAAAUAAUGCAUGAAGCCAAGUUUUUGCCAGUGAGAGGAAAAUAAAAUGUUUGCCAAUAAUUAUGUUCGACAAAGAGCCAUUGAAGACAAAAUGUACCAGUCAAACACUUUUUCUGUCAUUUCUUAUAGCUGAAAAAGAGCGGAAACAAAGUUAACACUAAAACACUCUUAGUGAUAUACCUUGUAAUCAAAUAUUUAAAAAUAUUGAUGAAAAAGAACUCAUAUUCUUAAUGUAUUUAGUUUGUACUGCUGUGAAAAAGAUAUCUGUAUUUUCACCGCAGUGAAACAUAUUUUUUAUAUUUUUCAGUUGUUUUCUAGAACUAUAUUUGAUCCGUUUGAAGAGAUAGAAAAUGCAUACAAAUUGUAAAAGUCAAAAUAUAAAGUUUUCCAACUUACGGUACACAUUAUCCGGUUGGUAUCUGAGUACACCACAGCAUUUAAUAUCCGCAAACAGAAAUUACUCGGACGGCAUUAUUUCAAAUGACUGCAGUAUACACUAAGACUUCUUUUUAAAUAAUUGUAACUUAUCUUUUCUUGAAGAACAUUAUCAGUGCUGAAUGCAUGAAAAAUAUUUACAGUCAAACAGACACUUCAAAAUUAGCUCAAAUAUUAGGCUCAAAAUUCUAAUGGUGGUCUAUGAAUUAAGAUUUCAUGACAGUUUUAUAUUACAAUUUUUUUCACUUUUUUAUGGAACUUCUUAUUUAAAGAGAUGGGAAUAAUCGGUUACUAAAAUAAAAAAUAAAACUAAUUGUUAUGGCAUUAGUAUAACCACACUUCUUCAAAAUGUUUCAAACUUUGUGUAAAAUGGUCCAUAAAAAUUACAGCAUCCAGAUUUAUUUUUGCAAAUGAGAGGACUUCAACAUAAUUUUACUUACGUUACAUGGGCAAUUAACCUAACCACUGCUACCGGAGAACCUGUUCUCAGCAUACAGCACCAAUAAGAACAAAUCACAAUGUUACAUAUAUUGCUGGUUAAGUUAUAUCACCACUAAACAAAUUUCGGGGAAGUGAAAUAAAGGAAUUAUUUUAUGCCGUCCCUUCCGAGUUUUGCCACUUAAAUGUCUCUAGAACUGAAAAUAAUAUACAGUAUUUAAACUUAAAACAGGCUUUAUGGAUCAAGAGACAAUUUCCCAUAAUAGGUUAUAUCCUUUAGAGUAGCAUGAUCAGUCCGUUCUACGGAAAUCGUAUAGAUAUUAUUUUCAAAAUUGCAAAAGAGUUUAGACGACGCAUAAAACAGGUUUAUAUACGUAACCGCUUUACCCUCUUUUCUGUUUUUACGAAAUUGUUCCCCCUUUCCACUUUGUAAAUGUGCUACAAUUAAUAUCUCCUUUAUUAGUUCUGAAACCUAUUUAUGCUUUUGACUGAAACUUCAGAGAAACCUUUAAAUAGUUUACAUAUCAUCAAGUUCCGUAAGUCUGCCACUUAUUUUGACAAAUUAUUUCGCCUUUUUUACUUACAAAGUUAAUCAAAGUUGUCGAUUUCUUUAAUCUUUUCUGAAAUUAAUAUGGUUUUGCACUGAGUUUUAAAACGUGUUGUAAGGAUUCCAUAAAGGGUCUAAUAAUUAUUUUUUACUUGGAAAAAGUCAUAAAUUACAAAUUUCUUCAAUAAAACCUAUGCAUGCAUUUGAUUGAACAUGCAAACCUGGGACCUUUAUCCUAUUAUAUCAAAAUUUAUAUAAAUUGUGUAUUUUAAUGUGACUUUACAUAGUACAGUGAAAGGUACGGGUACAUUUCAGUUUUAGUUUUAUUAUCUGAAUUGUAACGCCAUGUAUUUUUACGUGAAAUAAUUUAUAUUCAAUCCAGUACUUAACCUUAAGCCACAGAAUACAACUGUGAAGCAUUUGAGUUUUAUACAGAUGCAUGUAAAAUAAGAAUUGCAAAAACUAGAAUACUCGGGUCUACAAGCAUUUAAAGAUUGAACAUUAUCAGUCAGUAAAGGCUAGUGUAAAUAAAAAUGGAAUACUUAGCUUUAUAACUGCAUUAUAGAUAAACAUGUGAUAUGUAGCCUUUGGACUAUCAUCACUUUGCCAAGGCUGUUAUCACUCAAAGGCAUCGCUCUUCCGUGUAUUAACAUAGAUUUUAAAGACACAAAAACCAUAAAUCUCCAUUGAAUAAUGUUAAACAUAUUUGCUUUUUAUACAUCUUUUAAUUUAUUAGUUAUAACAGUGACUAUAAAAAGAAAACUGAUUGUGAACUUACACAGUAAAAAGAUUAGAAUACACAGAAAGGAUGAACAGAAAAACCAUAACUCUGUCAUGAAUAUUUAUCGUAUAACUGUUAUUGUUAUUGUUGUGUAAAUUAAACUGUUUGCAUUUAUUUUUUCACUUUUCUAUUUAACACUAUAACGUCGAUGACAAGAAAAGAAGUUCCGUGUAACUUGAUAAUUGAUAAAUAAAAUGAAAUUAAAAGAAAAGCAAUUAUUUUCUUGAAUAGAUUUUAAAGUACAUGUAUCUCCAGGACUGAAAUAAAAGUUACAGUGAGUGGUAUUUUGAUUGUGGGUAUUAUUUAGUACUGUCAAUAUUAACCUUUCUCAAAUCAAGAUUUGAGUGGUGAUAUGAAACACAUUUAGUAAUAGCUCAAGUGCAGUGAAGGUAAUGAUACAUUUUUAAUCAUGAAGGGUGGGGUGGUAUUAAUUUACUCUACGAUGUAGCUACUAUUCAGACUUUUAGUUUCAAAGUAAUUUUCUGUAAAAAUAUAGAAUAAAACGUUUUAAAAUACGAUUUCAUAAUUUACCUAAUUGUAUGGAGUGUGUUAGUGAGUUUGAACGUUUUAUUAAAGCAUAUAGUUUCGUGCGUGAAUUUUGUUGAGUGGAGAAGUACAAUUUAUUGAGUCUAUUGUUAUAUAAUAUGUCUUUAGAUAAUUUCAUCAACAGUCUUUAAAAAUUGCAUGUGUAUUAUUAUUGGUAGCUGUAGCAACAUUUUAUGAUUUUGGUUUUGAAAACUUACAUUGUGAGCGUCUUGCUACAUAGGCUACAUAGAUUGCAGUGUUAUUCCUAAUCCCUGUACCGUACAGUAGAAUAGUAUUGAACAGAGUAAUUGUUUAUGCUCGAAUAAGCGCGAUCGCAUUCAGCUGACACAAUUGUAAAAUUGGAGCAUUAUGAAAUUUUAGAUGCAUAAAUAUAAUAUUUCGUAUGGUACAACAUGUUCUGUUUAAUUUUAUUACUGUGUGGUGAGAAUAAAAUUGGUUUUAUUUCUAAAUCUGUAACCAUAGAACCUUGAGUCCAGAUAUUUAAUGUUGAAAAUGAAUUAUAACCAUUACAACAUAUUGUGAACCUAUAAGUCGUUAAUAAUUUAUAUUGUGAGUAGUUUUAAUCAAUGUAUACUAACUGGUAUAGGAAGCUGUUGUUUUUUAUGGCAACUUUGACGAUAUAUGCAUCAAGUUAUAUAACGAUUGGGUAGAAAUUUGCUUUCAGCAAGUUCUAACUUUACAAAAUCAUAGAAGAAAUGGUUGUUUUACAUGACAUUUGAACAUCGUAUAAAACAAGUAUUUUACUCUGCAAAACGAUUAUCAAUUUACUGAUUUCGUGAAUUCUGUAAAAUGUAUGCAUGAAGGGGCAACAUCUUCUUGACAGUUCAAUAUUUAAAACACCAUUUUGAAAGAACUGUUACACAAAUCCGUUUUGCUGCAUUUGCAAAAAUGUUCAUUUGCAGAAAGUCAACACCAGUUUUAGCAAUUUUGAAAAAAUAUUAUUUUUUUAAUUCUUUAUAAAUGUCAUUUUAAAAGGAACAACUUUUUAUGAUAUAAUAAAAAAUACUAAAUCAACGGAAAUCUUAUAUGUUUUUCAAAUUUAAUGUUUUGACAUUAUUUCAAACAAAUAAAAAUAUAUACAAUUUACAAUUAUAAGACAAUAGUAUCGUGUUAAAAAACUUUGAACUACCUAGAAGUGUGACCCCUUCCUGGAGUACUUUUAUUUCAUACCAAAGUUUCAUAGCACACCUUUUCAAGGUGCCUUGCAUACAACAAAGGCAGCGAUUUUAAAUUAAUCUUCUACCAGUACAAAUGCAGAGCAAUCUGACCGGCGGACAAAAGCGGGAGAAAGUCCCCAGAACAGAGAGAGAAAUCGUUUAAAUAAGGCAUGUCCGAGUAAUUUAGCCUAGCUUUCACUGAAAAGACAUGUGUUUAUUGUAAAGCACCGAUACACGUUUUUCCUCCUAGUUGAGAGGGAGACACACAAGAAAAUCUCAGAAAUUUCAAAUGCCUGCACCAGGAUUCGAACCCCAGACCUCUGGAUGGACAGUCUAGACUACUGUGAGAUCAUUUAAUUUCGUGGGCAUGAAAUUUCGUGGAUUUGGUCAAAACGGCAAUUUCGUGGGGAUAUGAAUUCGUGGAUUUCAACUUUUGAACAUAAAAUGAGUGGGAAUUUUACUUGUUCGUUGGGGUUAAAUUUCGUGGAUUGACUCAACCACGAAAUCCACGAAAAUUAGUCCCCAACGAAUAUUAAUGAUUUCAUAGUAUAUGGCUACUCUGAGGCAUAAUCCUGUAAAAUGGCAAUUCUUUAAUAACGAAAUAAACAUGGUUAUACCGUUCAAUUUUGAUAUAAACAACGCUUUGCUUAUAUGUCAAUGUUCUGGUCAUUUUCAUAUGAAUUUGACUCUAACACUUAUAGUGAUUUGAAAAGCCGGAAAUGACUUGUUGCAUUAUGAAAAUGUAUGUUUAGAUUUUAGAUGGUAAGUUUUAUGUAUAAAUAAAAUCAGACAUUCUA